AUGAGGGUCCUUUGUGUUGCGGAGAAACCGUCCAUCUCGAAGUCUAUCACUCAGAUAUUGUCGGGUGGCCAGUUCACGACGAGGAACAGUCGGAACAAAUAUAUCAAGAAUUAUGACUUCAACUAUCCCCAGACGAAUUCGUUCUACACCGUAACGUCGGUCACCGGCCAUGUUAUGGAGCAUGACUUUAACAUCAUGUACUCUAAAUGGACCUCAUGCGACCCAUUCGCUCUCUUCGAAGCCCCGGUCGAGUGCAGGGUCAAGAAGGAUGCCGACACUAUAGCCGAGAACCUCAAGACCGAAGCAAGACGCGCGCAACUCCUCAUGAUUUGGACGGACUGCGAUCGUGAGGGCGAGAAUAUUGGCGCGGAAAUCAUGAAGAUCUGCCGGAAAGCGAAUGCCAACAUCACGGUCAGGCGUGCUAGGUUCAGCGCCAUCAUUGCCCAGCAAAUUCACCAUGCCGCCCAGAACCCGGUGCAACUUGACAUGGCUCAAGCCAAUGCAGUAGAGACGCGCAUUUUGCUGGACCUUAGGAUAGGCUCCGCAUUUACCCGUCUCCAAACGCUCAAUUUGCAAAACCGUCACGAGGCCUUGAAACGAGAGCUGAUAUCGUACGGUCCGUGUCAAUUCCCCACCCUUGGGUUUGUCGUCGCCCGGUACAACAAACUCAAGAACUUCAAACCUGAGCCGUUCUGGUAUAUCUAUUUGUCGCUAACCCGUCCGUCUGCAACCGAUUCGGAUGGCGAGGAGACCGUCUUUACGUGGAGGAGAGGGCACAUAUUCGACGUCAAUAAUGCGAUGGCCCUGUAUGAUGCGGCACUCGCCCACGCUAUGGCUCGAGUUUCGAAAGUGACCGUGAAGGAUACCAAGAAGUGGAAGCCGCUCCCGUUGACCACGGUAGACUUGCAGAAGGCGGGUUCGCGCUUGCUGAAGAUCUCGCCCAAACGGGUGCUCGACAUCGCAGAGAGCUUGUACCAGAGAGGAUUUUUGUCUUAUCCGCGCACUGAGACUGACGUAUAUGACCCCCAAUUCGACUUCAUGACCUUGAUAGGAAAGCAAACCGCAGACCCCGCAUGGGGUGGAUUUGCUGGUGGCUUGCAGAAUGGAGGCUUCAAUGCUCCGAGGAAGGGCAAACACGAUGAUCACGCGCAUCCCCCAAUUCAUCCCACCGCGCAUGCAGGGAAUCUCGCUGGGGACGAAAAGAGGGUGUACGAGUACAUCACGCGUCGCUUCCUCGCGAGCUGUUCCAAGGAUGCGACAGGUUGGUUGACAACAAUAGACGUGCAAUACGGCGAGGAGGAGUUCUACGCCACCGGACUCGUUAUCCGAGAGCGGAACUACCUGGACGUCUUCCCGUACGACAAAUGGGCGGACAAGGAAGUGCCAAACUUCCAAGAGGGGGAGGCCUUCGUUCCGACGGAGUGUAGGCUUGACGAAGGCCAAACGUCCAAACCGACUCUUCUCACAGAAGCAGAUCUAGUCAGUCUCAUGGACGAGCAUGGCAUUGGAACGGACGCCACGAUCGCCCAACACAUACAAACGAUCAUCGACCGCGGGUAUGUUAUCGAGCGGAUGCAAGGCGCUACCAAGUAUCUUGUCCCGUCAACACUCGGCAUAGGGCUCGUAGAGGGCUACGAUGCUAUUGGCUUCGACCAUAGUCUGAGCAAGCCGGAGCUCCGACGCGAGACCGAGAUGCGCAUGGUUGAUAUAUGCGGAGGCGUCAAGUCGAAGAACGAGGUGCUCGCAGAAAGCAUUGAGCGCUACAAGGAGAUGUUCAUGCGGACCAAGAUCGAGUUCGAGAAGCUCGUCGCAGCUGUCGGACAUCGUAUUAAUGGACAAGGCCCUGUACCAGAGGUGGACCUUGGGGAAGCUCAUGAAGAUGAUGACGAAGACGGCGGUGGGGGCCCUGGGGGCGGGGGCGGUGGCAGAGGAAGGGGCCGAGGCGGGGGCCGCGGUCGUGGUGCAGGAGGUGCAACGCGUGGAACAAGAGGAGCGGGUACCAGAGGCGCGAGCUCGACACGAGCUCGGCGCGGCCGCGGCCGUGGAGGCUCCGCGGCAGCCAACGGGCCACCACCUUCACCACCACCACCCCCACCUCCUCCUCCUCCGCCGGCGCGCAGACAAGCCCCGGCCGCGCUUGCCGAUGAUGAGGAUGAGCACUACUGGAGCGACGACCCGAUCCCACCUCCAUCGCCUCCGCCACCAGUUCGUCAUCCACCAGCUCGUCCUGCGCCGGCUCGCCCGGCACCAGCACCGGCACCAGCUCGUCCCGUGCCCCCAAGGAGCGGACAUUCGCUAUCGGCAUCUGCGCUGCCACAAUGCGACUGCAACAUACCCGCUGUAGAACGCACCGUCACGAAAGAAUCCGCCAACAAGGGCAAGCGGUUCUGGACAUGCGGGCAGAACCAAACAUGCCAGUUCUUCCAGUGGUCCGACGGGCCUUCUGCCAGCGGUACCCCAACCGCCGCCGCGUCCUCGUCAUCUUCACGCGCCUAUCCCUCGAGUACGGCGUACUCAUCGGCAUCGGCUGUGGUCCCUGCAAAGCGCCCGCAUAGUGCUGUGGGGGCCGAGCGACGCUGCGGGUGCGAUCUGACCGCUGUCUUGAAGGUGUCGCAGUCGGCGUCCAACGCGAACCGCAAGUACUGGUCGUGCCCCAAUGGGUCGCGCCAGGCUAGGUGCGCGUACUUCGAAUGGGCAGCGGAUGACGAGGAUGGCCCCAUCGAGCCGCCGAAGAGGACGUUCUCGAGUAAUGCUGGGAACGCGCCAAAUGGCGGUGGAGGCGGUGGGGCCGGCGGGUCAUCUGGUAGUGGGUGUUAUAAAUGUGGCGAAGAGGGGCAUUGGGCAAGCGGUACGUCUGUUUUCGAACGUCGAGCGAUAUUGAACUGA